AGAAUCAGCUGAUGUUUGUCACAUGACCUCCGUUAUGCAGCUAGCAUAACAUGUUGAGAAAAGCUUUGCUUCGUAGGUUAAACUAACCGGGGUUCUGUCAGAGAAAUGAGUGAUGACAGGUCAAAGGUGCUGCUCGGCGUGACCUCCCAGCUGUGAUGUCCGAGCCGAGGCCCGUCACGGCGGAGGCCGCCGCUUAUCCCUUCGGCCGUGAGGCGGAGGUCUCGCUUCGCGACCUCUUUGAGCACUUCAAGAGGUGCCUGCAGCACGGAGAGUGGCAGCUGGCGAGCGCCUGUGUUCCCCAGCUGGUCAGCUCUCAGGGGGAACUCUCUGAAAAAGUGCGAAAGAUAAUCAGAGCUAUCAUCUGCCACCCUUACAGUUUAAAAUGGGGUUCUGCUGGCAGUCCGCACAAACUGGCCUGGUUCUGGCUGCAGGUCUUGGAGAGAUGGACUCAAGAUCAGGUUCCUCCUCACGUCAAACGCGAGCUGGAGUUUCUGCUCCUCCUGGAGCAACUGGGGUCAGAGGGCAUACCGGAGGCUGAUCUCAAGGAAUUGCAUCAGGCGUUUUUGGGAUCCCAGUCGGAGGAACAGGCGUCCCUUGCUGCUGUUGAGUCUUGCCUUCAGACUCUACUGGAGAAGAAGAAACCCAGACUUGCCCAGACUUUGGCCCAUUUCAUACAGGAUCAGUCAAGCAGUGAAGGCCGGGCCCUGCAGCACAAAUUCAUUCAGCACCUCAUGAGGAAGCUGGGAAGCCCCGAGCGGAGCCCGGAGAGGGUGGAGCAGUGGGUGGAGGAGAUCUACUCCGUCCUGGCUCUCAUGCCGUGGAGCUCCGACCGAGGCGCGCCGCAGUUGGAGGCGCUGUGCGAAGCGCUGUGGUCGGCCCGAGGCGGCCCUCUGCGGGAGGAGAGGAUCCUGGGCUGCUUGCUGCGGCCUCGAUGCGACGCGCUCGUCUCGAUGUACUGCUCCACCGCCCAGCGGCUGGAGAGAGACCACCUGCUGAGAAAUGCGCCUGAAACGCAAGUGGACCUACCUGAAGCCGAGAAGCUCGCCCUCAGCUUGUGUUGCCAAAUCGAUCGUCCUUCUGCUUGGAGGACCAUCUUCUUUGAGUGCCUUAGUAGUGGGAAGCAUUUCCUCGAGCAGGUUUUGGUCACGGGGCUCGACCUGAUGAAACACGAGGAAUACGAUGGGCUGAAGGAUUUACUGCGGCUGGAGUUUCGGCCUUUGUCUCGUCUGCUGCUGCUGCUGGGAUGGAGUCAGUGCCGCGGCCUCGACGCCGCUCAAGCGCUUGUGAACGUCCUUCACAAGGAGCAGAGUUCAGCCAAUGACUUGGUUCUUCAGGACUUUUGUAACCUUUUGUCGUCCCAACUGGGAAUUCUCGAGUGGUGCAAAAACAACAAUCCAGGGAUAUCCACGGAGGCUCUGCAGGCACAGCUGCAGAAUCUGGACAAUCACUCAUCUCUUUACAUUCUGCACUCUUUGACUCCUUUACCUGAGUACGAAGAACGCAGGAUAUUAAAUCUACUACAGCAACUGCCAAGUUCGCCUCAAACAGAAAACGCGGUCAGUCAAAGUGCCGGCGUGCAGAGGAACAUUGUCCUGUUUCAGGGCUUCUGCGCCAUGAAGUAUGCGAUCUAUGCUCUGUGUGUCAACUUUCAUAAAUACUCGAAUUGUGCCGAGUGCGAGUCCACGCAGCGUCACCAAUCCGCAGAAGCUGAGACGGAUACAAACAAGACUUCGGCUUCCUCAGAAGGCUGUCAUUAUAUGUUUCAGCACUAUUUAUCCGAGUGCCAGCUCUACCUGGAGACCGUACCCGCCAUGUUCCGCCUGGAGCUCCUGGAGAAUAUCUUCUCCCUUCUCUUUCUGUCCACCUCUGACUUUGUUCAACGCGCACAAAAAAACUCAGACCCAAACGCAGGACAGGAGACACGGUCAGAAUGCUUAUCGAUUCCAACAGAUCAAAAUGUGGAAGCUGGGAAAUCCAGUUCGGAUGAGACCGAAAACCAGAAGCUUCGUUCCCAUGGCGGCCACCUAGACCUGGGCCACUUCCUUCACGGCUGCAGGGGGUUUCUGGUGGACGCCGCUGCGAUGGAGGGGUUUCUAAAGCUGCUGAAAGAAGGGUUGGAGGGCAUGUGUGUGGUGGGUCAGCAGGAGGGACAGGAUGCGGGAAGAGCGCUGCCUCGCGACGCCAAGGCGGCGGCGAGUCUCGGCUGCUCUGUGACGGCCGAGACGUUCGGAGCCCGCCUGCAGAGGUUGUCUAAGCGCACCGCGGAGGCCCAGUGGAGGCUGCAAAUCAUCACCAGCAACCAGAGCACCGCAGACGGUGCAGAGAGCCCCAUGCAGACGUCGACGUACAGUUCCACUGUCGCUAAUCUGGGAUGCAGGAAAAGGUCGACUCUGAGGAAGAGGAGGAAAACGUCGAGACACGCUGCCGAGAGGCAAACCUCCGUAGAGAAACAUAACGGAGAAGUUAGCACCAGCGCGUCGGACAGCGGCGGCGGGGUGGCGGCGGGCUGUGCCGAGCUGGAGCUGUGCCCGUGCGGAGGCCCUCACAGCUGGUUGGUGCCCGCCAUGUUGUCUCCUCCAGAAUCUCUGCUCACCUCCUGCAUCCGCCGGGGAAACUUCAUGCAGGCGCACCAGGUGUCGUUGGUGUUCGACCUGGCGGGGGCGCCCUGUUGCGGAGAGCUGGCCUUCAUGGAGCGCUACAGAGAAGUCCUGGCGGAGUUGGGGCAGGUGGAGCAGAAGAUGGAAAGUCAGUCCAUGUCUUCCUCUUCGUCUUCCUCCGAGGGUUUGGGGGCGGCGGCAGUUCCAGGCGCCGGGAGGAGUCGGCUAGGGAGCAGCGGUCGGUCGACGCUGCAGGCCAUCGGUAGUGCCGCAGCAGCAGGAGUUGCUUUUUACUCCAUCUCAGACAUCGCAGAUCGUCUCCUCAGCACGCCCGCUCACCCGCUGCCCUCCUUGGAGGAAGGUUACUGGCUGAGCCGCUGCUCCUCGGACGCCUCGGGCCUCUUGCACGCGCUGCUCCAGGAGCUGAGCCCGGCCGCCAUGGCGGCGUUCGACCUGGCCUGCUGCCACUGCCAGCUCUGGAAGACUUGUCGACAGCUGCUGGACACGGCGGAGCGCCGGCUGUCCAGCAGCCUCGAAGCUCGCGGGACGAGAAUUGACCGUAAAGUGCUGCAUUCUGAGGGGAUCUGUGGGUUUCCCAUGGUUUUACAGCAGAUCAGCAAGGUCCUGAAUCCUUCGGCCACUCAUAAGCCUUCAGGCAAAACAGACGCCGCCGGGGAAGACCAGGCGUUUUCCAGCCCGUUUGGCUGCUGCAUCCAGGAAGUGCUGCUCUGUUGCCACCCGACUCUGAGCGAAGAGAGCAUCGCCGCCCGGCUCGGUCUGACCCAGCGUCUGGAGAACCCGCUGCAGGUUCUGAGUGCUGCCACAGAGGGAGCAGAGGGCGGUGCGGGCAGCGGUGUUUUGACCCUGCUGGUGGAUCAGGCCAGUCUGAAGCCGGCCGAGCUGGACGCUCACCCCGUGCGCUCCGGCAUGAAGCAGCUUCUCCGCUCCCUGGACCAACUGUGUCCCUUCGAGCCGGACGGAGGGCUGGCCAGGCCGGACUACGUGCGCAGCUUCCUUGACUACGUCAACACACUGGCCUCUGUGUUGGUCAGGAGCCUCUCUUCAGAGGACCACAGCAGUCAAGUGAAGCUUGGAAAUCCACUCCUGGUUUUGCUUCAAACCCCGUUUCAGCUCAUCUCCCACCUGCUGUUUGACAGACAGGUCUCUCCUGACAGAGUUCUGUCGGUGCUGCAGCAGGAGGGUCUGCGGCUGAGCGUCCAGCAGGUCAUCGUUCAGAGAUGUUGCGACGCCCUGCCCGCGUGGCGCUCGCGUCCCGCCGAUGAAACGUCCUCCGGCGACGGCAGGAGAGCCGGCGGAGCCUUCAGCGUGGACAGCUUAUCUCUGCUGCUUCAAAUGCACUCUCAGCAUUACAAAAACGUGCUGGCGAUGGCCGAGCCGCCGCCGCCGCCGUCCGACUGCAGCUCCGAGUCCGAGGCCUCCGCGGACGAGCCGUCCCCCUCACCCAUCCAUCUCUCCACGUCUCCGGCGUCUUCUUCCACCUCGUCUUCUUCCGCCUCGACUUCUACAGCCUCGUCUUCCUCAAACACCUUCCUCCUGACAGCCUCAGCCCUGUCUUUCCUGAAGUCCCGCUGCCCCCUGCUGGCCACACUUGCGUGUUUAACGGCGUGUAAGGGAGAAGCCCCCCGCACCAAGCCAUCCGGAUUAUCCGGAUACUUCCGCAGCGGACGAAAGGAGGUUUUCCUCGACGCCGAGCAGAUAUCCAGAGAGGCCGACGGCCUCCUCAGGGAGUUCCCCAUUCUGAAGGGGUACCUUCACGCCAUGGCGGAGCCGGUGCUUGGGACCCCGUUAGGCGAGGGCGAGGAGGACUCCGCUGACCUCGGUGGCGCCCUCUGUGGGAAACCACUGAUCGGUCUGCUGCUGUGUGGGCCUCAAGAAGAGCUGACCCAGGUUUUGGCUGCUGAGGCUUUUAAAAACGCCGUGGUGACCAAAGACCUGGGCCGAGCCCUCACCCUGCUGGAGCUGUACUGGCAGGGAGGCAGCCAGCAGGGGGAGCUGAAGGACCGCCUGCUGGUCUGUGCCGCUUUAGAAGAGGAGGCCGAAGGCGUCGAUCAUCUGUUCCGGGUUCAGGAUGCCAACCUGCGAGCCCGUGUUGCCCUGCAGGCCCUGGAGCGCUGGCCUCUGUCCGCCUGUCUGGACCUGAUCGACUUCUGCCUCAAUGACCCCGACACACACACCUCGCUCAACGCCGACCUGGAGCUCAAGAAGAAGGAACUAAGCAUCUACCGCUGGAUGAUGAAUUUGCGUCCGCCCUUGCACUGGAAAACGUGGCAGGAGCUGAGGGCGGAAUCCAAAGCAAACCCGGAGUCGAUGCUGUCUGUGAUCCUGGAGGCAAAAGAAUUUUCUCUUUGCAAGCAGUGGACGGAGCUCUAUCCUGUCUCUGACCAGCUGAAGCUGCAGCUGCAGACGGAGCAUUUGCUUCACCUGCUGGAGGAGGAACUGACAGAUGAGGCUUUUGAGCUCCUUGAAAGCAUCUCGGAUGUUGCCGUUGCCCUCGACGUUUGCGAACGCGCCCUGGAUCGACGCCCUGGAUUGGCGGCGUGUCACUUCCUGGCUGACUACCUCACCGUCCACUUCCAGAGGCAGGUGUCUCCGGCCCGUCGGCGCCACAUCCACGCUCUUCAUCUGGGAUCAAAGGUUUUGCUGACCCUCCCAGCGGCCUCCAGGCAGGACUAUUUCCCUCUGCUUUCAGAACCCAUGCUAAUGCUCGAGCAGCUCCUGAUGAACCUGAAGGUGGAGUGGGUGGAGGUGGCGGUGCAAACGCUGCACAGUCUGCUGGUUGGCCACGAGGCCGGCUUCAGCGCAGAGGACAUCGAUAAGCUCCUGGCGGACUACGCCUCCAAGGCCCUGGACUUCUCGUGCGCCCCCAAAGAGAGGUCGCGUUCAGACUCCGUCAUCAGCCUUCAGGACGCGCUGCUGCAGUGUCCCGCGCACGAGCUCAGCACCCAGUCGUUCAGCCAAAUCGAAUCUCCGGCUUCUUCCUCAAGCAGCACCCCGACACACUCCUCGUCCGCAAACAGCUCGGACAGGGAGAGGGAUCGAGGCACGUCGGAGCGACGCCGGCGCUCAUCUGCCAAGUUCCGGCCCCCAGAUCAGCCGCCGGCCCGGAAGGACUGGGUCCCCGACACCCACCACGACCUGUGCAUGGUCUGCCAGCGGGAGAGGUUCACCAUGUUCAACAGACGACAUCACUGCCGGAGAUGUGGCCGCCUGGUCUGCAGCGCGUGUUCGGAGCGGAAGAUGCUGCUGGACGGGCGUCCAGGAGAGGAAGUUAGAGUCUGCGACCAGUGUUACCUUUACUUCCACCCAGAUUCUGAAGAGGAGUCUGAGUCUGCAGAAGUCAUUGGAAGCCCGGUCGUCUCCCAGGAGCCUCUGGACGGGAUGCUGCAUCUGCCCGAAGUGGUCCACCGACAGAUCCGUCUGAGCACAAGCCCUGCUGAGAACCAGCUGCAGCGGAGCGAGUUCUACUACGAACAGGCUCCCAGCGCGCACCUCUGCGUGGCCAUCUUGUCUCUGCACAGCGACCAAGCCGCCUGCGGCCACCAGCUCGUCAACCACUGCCGCUCCCUGUCCCGGAAACUGACCAACCCGGAGGUGGACGCCUGCCUCCUCACCGACGUCAUGCGGCAGCUGCUCUUCAGCGCCAAGCUGAUGUUUGUGAAAGUCGGUCAGAGCCACGACCUGGCUUUAUGCGACAGCUACAUCGGCAAAGUGGACGUGUUGAAGAUUCUGGUGCUGGCCAAUUACAAAUACGUUCCCUCUCUGGACGACAUCCUGGAGACGACCGCCGUCACGCGCCUGCGCAACCAGCUGCUGGAGGCCGAACACUACCAGCUGGCGGUGGAGGUGUCGACAAAGAGCGGCCUGGACCCCGGCGGCGUGUGGCAGGCGUGGGCUCUGGGGUCUCUGAAGGCCGGGAACCUUUCCGGAGCCAGGGAGAAGUUUUCCCGCUGCCUGAAGCCUCCGGUGGACCGGAACCAGCUCAAUCUGGGCCCACCUUUGCUGCAGGAGAUCGUCCAUCACCUCGAGACCACCGUACGGCCCGCUACCGCCCCGUCGUACGGCGAAGACAUCUUGGCGUCCCUCCGGGAGCUGGAGGACGCUCUGAACGGAGUCGGACCAGCGGAGCGACAAGUCGCCCCGACUCAGAGCAGCUACCUCCAUCAGGAGUGUCUCUAUUACCUGAAGACGUACGGCCCCCACCUGGCUGUCGUCAGCUUCUACAUGCGUCACAACUGUGACGAGGAAGCCCUGACGUAUCUUCUCGCCAAGGAGUGUCCCGAGGAAGUGUUUCUGGAGGGCGUGCUGCAGCCAUGUGUGGAGCGAGGGCACCUCGGCAAGCUGCAGGGCAUCAUGGGAAAACUAGAGCCCAGCUUGGACUCGUGGAGCCGCUACCUGAUCGCUUCGUGCCAGUUCCUGCAGCGGAAGCAGUACUACCACUGUCUGUACCAGCUGCAGCAGUUCAUGAUGGAUCACGUCCGCGCCGCGAUGACCUGCAUACGAUUCUUCACACAUGGAGCGACCUCGUACCUACAGCUGGGAGAGCAGCAGCGCUGGUUGGCCAGAGCCAAAGAACACCUGAAGACUUACCUGCAGGAGCAGCAAGGCCGAGCCGCCGGCAGGAGAAAACCGUCUGUCGGCUCCUUCAGGAAGACGAUGUCAUCCAGCGACGUGUCCAGGCACAUGAACACAAUCGAACUGCAGCUGGAGGUGACUCGCUUCCUGCAUCGCUGCGAGGCGGUGGCGGCGUCCUCCGGCGCCUCGCAGGCUGGCAGGCCAGCCGGAUCCGGUUCACCGCCGACGCUGUUCGGUGGAAACAAUGUGAAGAUGGAGGUCGCCUGCAAGGUGAUGCUCGGAGGGAAAAACGUAGAGGAAGGGUUCGGCAUCGCGUACAGAGUCAUACAAGACUUCCAGCUGGAGGCGCAGGCCGUCUACGUCAUGGCGGGUCACCGGCUGGUCCGGCAGAGGCAGUACGGCGCCGCGAAGCAGCUCCUCAAAUGCGUGGGCGAGUCGGGCACCGCCACCAGGAGCGACUGCGACGCCCUCAUCCUCAGCUGUGUGUCUGUAGCCGAUAAGGGGCCGGCUGAUGCCAAGGAGCUGGAAAUCCUCAUCAUGGAGAUAAAGAACAUAGAAACCAAGAUCAAAGCCUUCCUGGUGUGCAGUAAACUGAGGCCGGCGUACCUGCUGGCCGUGAAGCUGGACCCGGGCCGGGCAGGCCCGUUGGUGCAGGACGUCCUGCAAGCGGCUGAAGGAGCGCAGGACUCGGUGAUGCAGAACAUCUGCCGCCAGUGGCUCUCGGAGCACAGCAGAUCCCCCCCGCCGCAUCAAAGCCGGCCCACCGCAAGGUAAAGAAGGGGAAACUGAAGGAAAAGGAGUCGCACAAACGUCCGUACCAUCAGACGCGAUACGCACACUACGUGUUUAAAACACAGCGACGUGGGCCUCAGUGUCUGCCGACUUAAAUCUCCCCACUGACAUGUUGUUUCUACCCACCACAACUGUAAGGAAUCAACCUUCCUCCUUUGGCGCGAUCGCAGCGAUCCUACCCUGCUAAUUACAUGCAUUACACAAACUUCUAGGGCUUAGUUCAAAAUCCCCAGGUUGAGUCUGCUGACCUGCAGAAGCCACAAAACAUAUUUUUAGAUGUCAUGUUAACAGGUGCUUUCAUUUGAAAUAAUUGUGGUGUUCCCCUACAACCGAAGAGGACACAUCUGUGCAUCAUGUUGGCAUUACGCAAUAAUUCUUUCUAAAACUAGUAUAACUGACAAGUAAUUUUUUUUUUUUUUUUUUGUCUUUAAUUUCCGAACAUUUUACACAAAAUCGUAGCAUCGGUUUCUCAGAUGUAAAACUCUUGAGAAUCAAUUUUUACUGCUCAAAAAGUAAAAAAUUUGAAGUUGGCGCAAACCAGCGCUAGCCCUGUGUUGACGGUAGAACCUGUUGGAAAACCUUUUGUCACGUGAGUAACGUUCCUUCUGCGGUAAAGCUGUGAAUCACCACUGUGCCGAUUCUCGAAAGACGAUGUUGCUUUUCAUCGGUACGCUAUUUUAAAAGGACGGUACUUGACUGAAACGCACCAGUGUGCUUUGCAUUGGUUUGUGUUUGUUUCCUACCUCAGCCUAAAGGGAAAAAAUAUAUAGAUCCAAAACUGACUGGAGGUCCCCUGAUAAAUGUUACAAUAAUUUUUUUUUUCUAUUAGCAAUAUUAAUGUCUGUGUGUUUUGGUUUGUCCACUUUCAAUGUUCUUUGUCAAAAUGUUACAUACCUAACAGAUGUUCUUGUUGCUAUCCCAGAGACGUAGUUUACAAAACACAUUUUCAGUGAAUGUUUCUUUGAAAAGGAUAGUGCGGGAUGUUUGAAGCGAUGUGCCGAUAAAAGGUUGUGAGGAGGUGACAUCCGAGCUACAGCAGAUCGUUGGACGUGGAGGUUAUAGCUAACAGCUAACAUGUUGCCUUAAAUUCCAGUAUCAAAAAAGUCACACCUGUUUACGUAAACAUUGUUUUAGGAACCUUUAAAGUUACCGUUGACAGGUUAGUAUUCGGAUCUUAUUGACAGUACGCGGAGGCAGGAAGCAGAGCAUAGUUCACAAUUUUCCCAUGUGAAACAUGCAAUGAAAGCAGACCUGGUUUUUCCAGUCGAACUAGCCAAUCUAUUACAGAGAUUAAGUGAAAAAUGGAAAUUAAAAAAAUACUAGCCUUAAUACAGUACUUGGACCGGGAAUCGUUUUUACUUUUCCACUCUGGUUUUUUUCACACAGGAAAAUCAUCAUUGACGCAUCGUCUCCACCCUUUUCUAAAAGAAAUGUUAGCUUAAGCUAACAUUAUUUAAGCUAAUUUUUAGCUAGAAUUAUUAAGCUAAAUUUGAGUUCUUUAAACAGAAACAGGAGGGUUCCUAUGAAGUAAUUAAUAUUGGUUCUCUCACCGGCAGUAGACAGAUAGAACAUUGUAGUAAGUAAGGUUGGAGAACAACGCAGAACUCAAGAGUGAUGGAAGGCUAACAGCUAGCUAGCCAGCCGAGCCGCCUAUUUUAUCUGCAAUUCAGAACAACUCAAACCUGAAAAUGUUAUUUCUGGGAAACAGUUCAAACAUUAGCAGAUAUUAAAUGUCUCCGUCUUCUCGAGAGACUGUGUACAUUUCCCCUCCCCCCCCCCACCAUUUUACAGUUAGGCGUUUUGACGCUAGCAGCUGUAUAUCAUUCAUUGUUAUGAAACAGCAACCUCAGAAUAGCAACGCAGUAGUUGUUUGACAGGACAAUAAACUUAUCCACAUUUUCUUUUGAAGGCGGAACCAUUUAAAGAAUCUCAACUAUGCUGGUCUUAGUUCACCUUUAGCCAUUAGCUUUGUACUCUAAUGUGGAUGAAAGGUUAUCUGCUGAAGGAUACAUAUUAAGAGCUUCUCAAUUUUUUUGUACCAAAGUGCCACUUCAAAUAUCCCAAACUAUCCUUUUACAGGAGUUUUACAAAGAAAUAAUUAUAUUUCAGGGCAUUUAAGAACAUUUUAACUGUUUAAUUUCAGGUGGGAUGUAGGAAGGGAUCCACUUUGUUUAUGAGAUCAGAAACACUGUUGCUUAGUCAGACUCCUAGGAUUUUUGUUGUUGAUUUUUUAUGUCACACGCACACAGUCAUAAAAACCUGAUUUUGUUUUUGUACUCCAGAACCAACAGGUUCCAGGUAUGACUUUUAAAGUUACAUUAAAUCAGUCACAUGUCUGAAGAAGCACCGUCGGGCGGUGGAGAUGUUGUGUUGCCUCUUUGCCUUGAGUGUCUGCACUAACCUGCCGACGAAUCUUCCCAUAGUAAUUACUGAGGAACAAAUGAAACCAUUACGAACGAAGCUGUACUUCAACUUCGACUGUUGUGUCCCAUCACUGCCGCACUUUAUACUGAAACCAAUAUUUAGGGGAAAAAAGAAAAAUAUCAUGAAAUAUGUAAUUCAGUAAUUGGAAUUUCAGGACUAAUGUUUUUGUGCUCUGUCAAUUGUGAAAUAAAAUAAUAAUUAUUGAUA